GCAGAGCCACCAUGCGGAUGACAGCUGUAAGCUGAAACGGUAAAUAAAAAAAUCCAGCAAUGUCGAGUGAAAUAAAUUGUGAUGAGGAAAUGGGUGAAAAUGGGGAUAAUUUUGAUAAUUGCUACUGGCCACCUGUUUAUCCAACUGGAAAUCAUACAGUGCUCUACAAUGUUCCAAUUGUUCAGCCAAAUCAGCCCCCAAUUCCCCGGAGGAGUACCCCAAAGUGGGAUUCUGAGCACGUCAGAAUGCCCUGCAGUAGCAUGAGCCAGUAUCCGCUAAAGAAGUCCGAUGGAACUUCUGAUGUCGUCAGCCGAUGGGAUUUAAUCAAGACUGCCCUCCAGCCACCAAUAAAGUCUAGCCGGGAAUUGGAGACGGCUAUUCUGUCGUACAACAGUAAGUACACGAAAUCUUGGUCUUUCAGGGGACUCCAUAAACUUUUUGACGAAUGCGAUGAGGAAGAUGCUGAGGCCUUUUUUGAUCGUCUCCUGCCCAAAAUCAUGGAUCUGGCACUGCAGCUGCCACAAUUGAUCCCAGGAAGUAUUCCUCUGCUGAAGCAGGGAAGAAAUCACUCGAUAAGUUUGAGUCAGCAGCAAAUAGCCUGCCUCCUGGCAAAUGCCUUUCUCUGCACAUUCCCACGGAGGAAUACGCAGAAAUGGGAGUCUGAGUAUGGAAACUACCCAGAUAUCAACUUCAACAGGCUAUUUGGGUACACAGAUGAACGCUGUUUGGAGAAGAUUAAGUGCAUCUGUCACUAUUUCCGGAGAGUCCUCAACAAAAUGCCAACGGGAGUUGUGACAUUUUCCCGGAGAUGUGUAAUUAGGGAAGCGAUGCCACGCUGGGAUAUCUGUGAUGCACCCUUUAGGGGGAUUAGGGUAGAUGUCCGGACGGGUGGGACGAUUGAGGAGGAUGGAAAGGGGCUACUUCAGGUAGAUUUUGCCAAUAAAUUUGUCGGGGGAGGAGUUUUGGCAACUGGCUGUGUUCAGGAGGAGAUUAGAUUUGUUAUCUGUCCAGAAUUGCUAAUAGCGAGGCUGUUUACCGAAGCCUUGGACAAAACAGAAGCUCUCCAUGUGAUUGGACCUGAGCAAUUUAGUGAAUAUUCCGGGUAUGCGGGCAGUUUUCUGUGGAAGGGAAAUUUUGCCGAUGACACUCCCAGGGAUGAAUGUGGAAGGCGAAAGUGCUAUAUUGUGGCCAUUGAUGCCCUACAUUUUGCUGAACAAGCCCAACAAUAUCAAGCCAGGCUCAUGAUCCGGGAACUCAAUAAAGCCUACGUUGGUUUUUUACCACCGGAAAGGAGUAAGCCCAUUUCAGCUGUGGCUUCCGGAAAUUGGGGCUGUGGUGCCUUCAAUGGUGAUGCAAAACUCAAAUCCUUGCUGCAAAUUAUGGUUUGCACGUUAACCAGAAGGAAUCUUGUCUACUUCACCUUCGGAGAUUCUAACCUCAAAACCAGCAUCGACGAGCUGUUCAACUUCCUGGUGGAGCAUCAGCUGACCGUUCAAAACAUCUACAGGUGCCUCUGUGAGUUCAGCAGGAAAAAACUGCCCGGACACACUCUCUAUGACUACAUCUAUGAAAAAUUCCGCGAAUCCCAGAGAUCCUCUAGAUCUCCCAGGAAUUCCCCAAGAACCUCAAGAUCUCCCAGGAAUUCCGAAUCUGAGGAUCUAGCACCCUCCCUAGUGGACUGCCUCGAUGACUACUACGUCAGGGAGAAUCCUAACAAGAGAAAACCCUCGCCAGUUGUAGUCAGCAUUCAACCUAAAAUUGCAGACUUCUUCAAGAAACUCUAAAUUUUUUAUUUAUUUUUUUCUUGCCUCAAAAAAUCUUUUUGUAAAACACACAAA